AUGUCUUACGUUGACCUGUACAAGAGAGGCGGUAACGAGGCCGUCAAGAUUAACCCUCCUACCGGAGCUGACUUCCACAUCACCAGCCGUGGUUCCGACUGGGCAUGGGCUGUAUUCUGUGUAAUGUUCUUCUGCGCCAUCGUCAUGGUCUUGCUGAUGUUCAGAAAGACCGCUAACGACAGAUUGGCUUACUACACCGCCAUCGCCCCAUGUGUCUUCAUGGGUAUCGCAUACUUCACCAUCGCUUCCAACUUGGGUUGGAUCCCUGUCAGAGCCAAGUACAACCACGUCAGAACCUCCACCCAGCAACAACACCCAGGUGUCAGACAGAUCUUCUACGCUAGAUACGUCGGCUGGUUCAUGGCCUUGCCAUGGCCUGUCAUCCAGGCUUCCCUGAUGGGUAAGACCCCAAUCUGGCAGAUCGCCUUCAACAUCGCCAUGACCGAGGUCUUCACCGUCUGCUUCUUGAUCGCCGCCUGCGUCCACUCCACUUACAAGUGGGGUUACAUGACCAUCGGCUGCGGUGGUGCCAUCGUCGCCAUGAUCUCAGUCAUGACCACCACCAGACACUUGGUCAGAGCCAAGAAGGACGGUGAGCUAUGGAAGGGCUUCAACAUCUACUUCGGCCUCGUCAUGUUCUUCUGGGCUAUCUACCCAAUCUGUUUCGGUAUCACCGACGGUGGUAACGUCCUACAACCAGACUCCGCCUUGAUCUUCUACGGUAUCCUGGACAUUAUCCUAUACGCCUUCUUGCCUUGCCUGUGGGUCCCAAUCGCUUCCUACAUCGGCAUCAGCAACAUGGGCUACAACUUCUCCGACGCCGAAGCCGGUAUGACCACUUCUAACACCAUGGCCACCGUCGCUUCCCCAGCCAUGUCCCCAACCCCAAAGACCCCAAAGACCCCAAAGACCCCAGCCACCGGUAAGAAGGCUAAGAAGUCUAUGGCCUAA